AAUAAAAUUGAAGUUACACUGAAAUAUAAUUUCAAGAAUUUAGAAGCAACGUAAAGAUGUCUACUUCGAAUUUGAAGAAUUGGCCAAUUUUUAGUUUCUUAGAUUCAGACUUUAUUUCAAAUAUCCAUAUGGUAUUCGUAUAUGGUGAUUUAGGUAAUGAAGCUUUAAUUGUAACUAAGGAUAAAAUGGUAUAUGCUCUGGGAAAUAACACUUCCGGAUGUCUUGGAAUCGGUGACACUAAUAGUACUCUUUAUCCGAGGAAAGUUGAGGAAUUAUGUAAUCAAAAUGUAACAAUGUUUACGCAUGGUAUAGGUCCGUAUGUUUUGGCCCUUACUGAGGAAGGAAAGGUAUAUUCAUGGGGAUGCAAUGCUCGCAAUCAACUUGGAAACAGUUCUACAGAUCCAUGUUUGCGGCCAACAUGUGUAACAAAAAAUAUAUCUUGCAAAUUUAUUGUCAGUAUAGCCUGUGGAUCUCGUCAUUCUCUUGUACUAUCAUCUGAUGGAAAUGUAUUUGCAUGGGGUGAAAAUACAUAUGGACAAGUAGGUAACGGUGAUACUACUAAUGUAACUGUGUGUACACCGAAAAUGGUGAAUAAUGUAUUAAGCAGUAAAAGAGUUGUUUGCAUUAGUUGUUGUCACUUAUCAAGCGUAGCAGUUACAGAUAAAGGAGAGGUUUAUAGUUGGGGUCAAAACAAUGUUGGCCAGCUAGGAAAUGGAAACACUAUUAAUGGAUAUGUUCCCAGCAAAGUUGCUGGACUUGCUGGUGUUGAAAUUGAAAAGGUAGUUUGCGGUUGUCUGCAUGUUCUGGCUUUGAGUAACAAAGGCGUUUUGUAUGUUUGGGGUGAAAAUUGUUUUGGACAAUUGGGUAUUGGCAACAAUAUCUCUAUUUGUAGUCCAAAGAAGUUGAUAGUGAAAGAUUGGGCGAAUGUAUUGGAUAUAGCAGCUUCGCAUUGUAGUCACAUGAGCGCAGCUAUGGUGGAAGGUAGUGAGAUAUAUGUGUGGGGCGAAUGUCUGGGUCAGAGGAUUACAGUUCCAACAUUGACUAAUUUACGAUACUUACAUGACGCUUUUGCGCGUUAUGCGUUAGAUAACAUUAUGCCUCAACCACUUGUAUACGACGGUUACCAAGAGGAUGUAAAUGUAAUAGAUUGUUUCAGAGAAGCAUUUGAUGAUAAUACUACAAGUGAUCUCGUCAUAGAAGUACAAGAGCAAUGUAUUUAUGUACACAAAGCUGUUUUAAUAAUACGUUGUGAAUACUUUCGAAAGAACUUGAUCGCAAAUAAUCAGAGCGUUAUUAAAGAAGAGGAAUUUUUAUACGAUGCAUACAGAGCAUUUUUAAAAUAUUUAUAUACCGAUGAGAUUGAUCUAGAUCAAGAUCAUAUGGCAGAACUAUUGAAAAUAGCGAUCGCAUAUUCGGAAAAUGAACUGAGAAAACGUUGCAUACUAAACAUACAGGAAAGCGUUACAGUUAAAAGAGCGUUACUCGUCUACAAUAUAGCUAUUGAAUAUAAUGAACCGGAAUUAGAAGAAUACUGUUUCAAGUACGCACUAAAUCACAUGUCUGCUGUAGUACUUACAGAAAGUUUUACUAAAUUAAACGAGCAUAUGAUGAAAUCGUUUAUAAUUAAAGUUGCUCAAGCUGGUGCUUUUAGAACAUAG